CAUCUCUGCCUUCCAAGAGAAACAGCACGGAAAGGAAGAACAAAAGUACGACAAGAAAAGCCGAUGAUUCGAGCCGGAGAGCAGGAGAAAGCAUCGACAGAGCCACAGUGAGAGACUAUCUCUCCGAGACCUCUCGUGCAUCGUCCAAAGACCACCGGACAACACGCUCUCUACCGUCGCCAGUCUACAUCACUGGUAAUUCUCCCGAAUACAGCUUCAUAGCUUUUCUUCUUUCUUGAGAACUGGAUGGAAAAAGAAAGAACUGUAAAAGAACUGUCGUUUGUCUCCUCACACGCGGUCACUGCUGCGAUUCUACUCCCCUUUUAUCACCCAACAUCUAUCACCUUCUUUUAAGCCCAACUGACUGACGCUCCUUUCGCGAUAAACGAUAACAAACGCCUUGUCUGUUUGCAAUAUACACUUUCUUGUGUCCUACAAUCAGCUGUCAACAUGGAAGGCUCUCCUUUGUCGAGAUUUCCCCCGAUAAAUGCUUCCUCUUCCAUGUCCACAUCAACGAAUGGAGCGAGCGGGAAGCGUAAAUCAACUCUGCUUACCUUUCUUCGUCGCCCUUCUGCAGAAGGCAACACGAUCGCCGUCCCACAGAGGCAGUCUGUUUUUCAUGACAUGGAAAGACAGCCUCAGAAACCGCUCAGACACGAGGAACUGCUUAAUGCUGCCGGCGACGAAAAGGAUAUUGAUCCUAAUUUACCCACCGUCAGACUAGUGCCUCCUGAUGACGAAGGCGAACCUAUGAUGCUCUAUCCAUUUCCCCUCUCCCCACCUCCAUCUCUAGACACCCAGUCACCUCCUCGACAAAGAACUCCUCCAUUCUCACCUUCUACUCCCUCUCCCCUGUCCCGCCGUCCUCCUCUAGCGACUGCCAAUCGCUCCCGCCCGACAAGCACCUACGCAUCUAAUCCUGCAUGGAACGGCAUGGCAGAUGGAUUCGUCCUUCCCCCGCCUAGGUUCUCUCGAUCGGGUGCUGGUUUCAAUCCUCGUGGCAGAGCAUCAGUCGUCAUGCCCAAGACAAAAAUUCAGGUUGUCGAGGAGAAGAAAAGAAGGAUGAGUGCAAUGAUGGAAUGGGAAAUGGGGUAUGGCGGUGCGGAGAGAUCGGCGACGAAUCGGCCAAUGUCGUUGGGGCAGGAGAUGAAGCCGCCCAAUGUGCUGGAGGCCGAAAAGGAACGUGCUGCGAUGGCAAACGUCGCAUCGCAGUCACGACCCACAAAGCCGGACGAGGAGGAGAAGAUUGAGGAGUUGAGCGAAGAGCCUGUGACUGAUACGUCAACGCCGUCUGCGCCCACAGCACCUGGUCCACCUACUGUUACUAUCAAGACGGAGUCACCUGUCACUAGUCAACCGCCCUCUCAAUUACCCAAGGAUGACGCUCCCCGACCCUCCACUUUCAAACCAUCCCGUCGUUCUCGUACGUUGUCACUGAGUGCAGCCUUUUCAGUCCCUCUAUUCACCAAGAACGAGUCGCCGACUAUUACAUCGGCACCACCCAUCCCUCCCGUACCCCCUGUUCCUAGAGAGCAGACCAAGCGAGUUCCCAAGAAGCAAAAGAGUCUCAAGAACCUGUUCUUCAGUUCUUCCACGCCCCCCGAAGCUACCUUGGGUCCCUCUAAAUAUGAUGAUUUCAGUCCGGUGGCAGAGGCAAAACCUGUGCUCAAGGACAAGACUGAAAGGCCCAAGGAAAAGAAGCCUAUGCUGAGCAGGCCCCGCUCAAAACCUUCUCUUCAUAUCGACAUUGACGCGACCAAACCUUCCUCAUCUCUCAAGUCUGCUCCUGCGGCACCUUCCAGCUCCAAGACCAGCGCAACUCCCAUCACACCUGCACUUUCCUCUGGACGUAGCGAGAAGACUAACUCAAUCCCUGCUACCCCUAGUACAGCCUCUACCGCUACCACAACUCCCACUUCAACUUCAAGUGUCGUUUCCAAGCCAAAGCUGAAUAAGAGGUUUUCACUGUCCAACAUGGCUGUGUUCAAGAAGAGAUCCAACAGUGCCCCAUCAGUCGAGCACAGGUCAUUGGCUGACAUGGCGAGCGGUAAUGCGAAGGAGGAAGUGCCAAAGGUGCCAGAAUUGCCAAAGGCUUACAAAAAGGAAAAAGAGGCGAGGAGGACAAUGUCUGAGAUGUUGCCUGCGAAGGAAGAGGUGGCCGUUGUGCCCCCAGCCCCACUUGCCAAUGAAAUUGUAACUUCUCCUGUCGCUGAAAUGCCCAAAGGUCCUAUCGAACUGCCCUCUACCCAUUCAGCAGAUAUCUCCACCGACGAUUCAUCUCUCAUUCACUCUCCCAGAGACUCCACUGCAACCAUCGAGCCUACUUCUGCUUCAAUGUCUUCUGAUAUGUCUGAUGUUGACGACGAAGACGAUAUCCUCAAUGCGCAGUUCAUGCAGCUUCCGUCUCCUCGGUCACCUAUCGACCGCGAUCCUGCCUUGUCACUACAAGACUUCUUGAAUAGUGCCCCAGGAAGGAAGAGCGAGGUCGUCGUUGUUCAAGAGGGGAGGCGAAGUUUGGAGGCAUUGGUUGUUCUUGGUCCUACUUCAGUAAGGCCCAACACUGUCUCUACAAAUAGUCGAAUGAGCGCGAGUGGGAGCGAAGCCAGCUUUGCUUCUUGCGAUUCUGGAUCUACCCUUAAUUUCGGCACUAGUCCUCAACGGAAGCAGUCUUUGUAUCCUUCUGUGGAGGUCCGCCGAGAUAGUGCAAGCUCGGAUGCAAGCGAUGAUAUUGAGGGCCUCGUCACUCCAGUACAAGACAGUGUCGAGAUGUUUCGAGUGCAGAGGCAGAGGCAGGAAAGUCAGAGUGAAGAAAGUAAUGCUGGCGAAUCGACGGAUAGUGAGGGCAUGAGGAAUUGUGGUUCAUCACGCAAGAUGGGCCCAACUGUGCCUGCCAUCGACUCUUCGAGCACGUCCAAAUCUGCUCCCACUCGAGCUCUUCCAGCACCUCCGGCAACAAUGUCUCUUGAGGAGAAGAAGAAACUUGGGAGUCUACAUUUCGAUAACUUGGGGUUGAAUUUUGGAGAGUGGGAUGGGCGGGGGGAGGAGGUGUCCGUGAGGACUUGAUAGUAUCAUGUUGAGAAAUAGAAAAUAGACAAGGGAGUCACUUGUCAGGGAAAGAGUGGAGAGUUGAGAGAAGAAGAAAACGAUCAAUGACAUUUGUUAUCUAUACGCGACGAUCACAUACCCCAUCUAUAAUGUUUAAUGUUUAAUACCCCUUUCCAUCAUCUGUCUUUUUGAUACCGUUGUAGUACAUACUUGGGUAGUCGAGUAUCCGACGCUCAUGGGAGUCAGUACAUAGCCACUCAUUAUAUGUGGACCCGCACCCGAAUGGACAAUGCAAACUGUAGCACUUUGA